CUACAAUGGAGGUGUAUGAGGAUUAUGCCAGAAGAAUUCAAUCAUACUGGAGAUCAUAUAGGAACAGAAAACUCUUUAAACUCCUCGUGAAUACUAUACGAUCAGCUGAGCAGUGUCUGACAGCAGGAGCUCUGCGUCAGCUCAGUCCAAGAGAAGCAGAUCUUCUGAAAGAUCCCAGUCUGAAGUGCAGACUCAGAUUCAGGUUUGCAGGACCUCAGUUUCCACCUUCAGUUGUGUUCAAAAUUUUCCAGACUGGUGCUGGUGGACAGUAUCUCUCUGGCAAAAAACUCUUCACUUCCUCCAACCAGGCCAUAUCAGACACCUGCAGAAUGAUGGGAAACAGAACGUUCAUGGAUCUCAUGUCAGUAGAUGAGAUACACGAGAGAAGCAGAGCCAUUAUUGAUCCACAAGAUGUGAUCUGCGUCAGAGAUUAUAUACAGUUUUCCAGCCACCUGGAUGAGCUUCCUGCUUGUCUUGGAGGCAGGGAAAACGGCUGGAGGUUUCUGUCUCUGAAGGUCCUUUCACGAAACAUCAGAGACGAUGUAAAGUCAGGCAUGAAACGUCCAUGUGUUGGGAAUCUGAAGAAGGGUCGGUCAUGGGGACAUUCACGUUUCUCUGGACAACAACUCUCUCAGAGAGGUUUGUCCUCACGGUGCUCCGCACGUGCCAAGAUUACUGCAGCUCGAAUGAGACGUCUCUAUGUCCUAGGCGAUGCUGAGAGAGUCUCAGAAGAAGAGAGGAAUAUGGACAACAUUAAUAGCUAUAAGACAGAUAACCAGAAGAGCACCGCUGAGAAAUAUGAGAUCAGGAUCAUUCUGCCAUCGGUUCAGACUGAAGACUAUGGUGACAGCUCAUCUGAUUCUGAAUGGGAGGAAGAAGCUGAGGAACUCUGUAAUUGGUCAAAACAACUGAAUACAGAUGAUGUUGAUGCUCCUGAAUUUGUGUAGACAAAUACAAGACCUAAUUCAGACACAUCAGGCUCAGAAUUGUUUCUAUAUUUGAUCUAUCGCUCAUUUGUGCAGGACAGUCAUUGCAUACGUAGGUGCGGAUGAAAACCAUACAGUACUGCGUUUAAAAUGCAUGAAACAAAAUUAUGCACAACCAACAUUUGUGCAUAUUGUGCUUGACUGCGCCUUGCAACCUAAAAUGCACAAUUCAAGCAUGCGCUUUAAAUACGCCUGCCUAAAACAGAUGGGGUUACAUGACGUUUUUGCCAAAAUAACUUGGAGAUGUACUACAAUAUAUUCCAUCAUGUAAGCAAAGUCAACAGGUUUUGCUUUCAUUUCUUUUACAUUUUCAAAAAGUAUAAGCAUUGUCUAUUCUUGGGAUACAGUUACGGCAUCUAUUAGACUUUCACUGGCAGGAUAGCAGCCCAAAUUUUGCCUUGUUUUAGCCAAAAUUGCAUGCUUGGGUGACAGGAAUUUUUAAGGGUCAAUGCAUCUACUGUUCAUGUUUAUGUGAGAUUAUGUAUGGAUAUUAUUGAAUCACAGGCCAGUUUUUGUGAGCUAUGCCCUGAAAAUGUAAUUACAAUGAAAUAAUAA